AUGGAGGGCAUUCACAUGUUGCGGGAUUUACUGAAAAAGGACGAUUUUCUUGUGAAAAUCGACCUCAAAGAUGCGUAUCUGACGGUACCGAUUUGCAAAAAUCACCAAAAAUACCUCCGUUUUCUCUGGAAGGGCACAAUGAUGGAAUUCAGGUGUCUCCCGUUUGGGCUAGCCACAGCUCCAAGGAAAUUGCGAAAAAUUCGCAAGAAGUGUCAGGGGCUGUUGGAUCAAGGCUCAAUUUCAGUUCGCGAAUUGUCAAAAUUCCUGGGCCUCCUGACCUCAUCCAUUCAAGCGAUAUUUCCAGCCCCUAUCUAUUACAGACAUCUUCAGAGGUUAAAGAAUAUAACUUUAUCCUCCCAAAAAACCUACGAGGCCUUGGUUGCUUUAGAUCCCCCGGCCAGAGAAGAAAUUCUUUGGUGGAGAGACCAUCUCCAUGCAUGGAACGGCCGGGCUCUGUUUCAGGACCAUGUGGACCUCAUAAUAGAGACUGAUGCCUCGCAGAAGGGAUGGGGAGCAUGUUGCGAAGGUGUGAGAACAGGGGGCCCUUGUUCCUUCAAAGAAAAGAAAUAUCACAUCAACGGUCUCGAACUCCUAGCAGGUUCCUUGGCGAUCAAAACGUUCACCAAAUCCAGAGUUUGUGCUCAUGUAAGACUGUUGAUGGACAACACAUCGGCAGUUGCUUACAUAAACAAGAUGGGAGGUACCCAUUCCCAAGCUCUGGCCAAUUUAGCAAUAGAUCUUUGGGAGUGGUGCUUCCAAAAUCAGUUGGUGGUGUCUGCUCAGCAUCUACCCAGAUACUUGAAUAUGAGGGCAGAUCAGGAGUCCAGAGUGAUUCAGGACUCCAGCGAUUGGAAGCUGGACCCAUCAGUGCCGGUGUUUACGGCAGGUGAUGUAUCAAAAAGUGGACCAUCUGGUGCUGGUAGCACCAGUUUGGGCCACUCAGCCUUGGUACCCACUACUUCUGCAACUCUGCGUGGAUUUGCCGAUGAAGGGCAGUCAAGCUCACCCUCUGGACAAUCUGCAGUUAGCUGGGUGGAGGCUGUCAGCAAAUGUCACGAAACUACAAGCCUUUCAGGGGAAGCUAGAGACAUUUUGUUGGCAGCCUGGAGACAGAACACCAGUAGCACCUAUGCCUCUGCUUGGAGUAAGUGGGUUAGCUGGUGCGAUCAACAACAAAUUAAUCCACUUUCAGCACCUAUAGAAAGUAUUUUAGAAUUUCUUACAAGGCAAUUUAAGGAUGGUAAGGCGUAUAGAUCUAUUAAUGUUUAUCGCUCAGCUUUAUCCUCAGUGCUGCCUCCGGUUGAUUCUUGGAAAGUUGGGGCUCAUCCUUUGGUUUCUCAAUUACUAAAAGGAAUGUUUAAUUUGCGACCUCCUCAACCAAAAUACUCUCAUACUUGGAAAGUUUCCCAGUUGUUACGUUUUAUUAAAUCACUUGGGCCAAAUGAUACGCUCAGUCUUAAACUUUUGUCCUUCAAGUUAGUAACACUUUUGGGUCUAACAGCUCCAGAUAGAUCUUCAGAUUUAGCGAAAAGAGAUUUGAGAUUCCGUACUUUUCAUCCUGAGGGAGUGUCCUUCGCACUCUCUGGCCUCUCAAAAACGUCUAAGCCGGGAGAUUCGCCUAAGACAAGCUUUCAUGCAGCGUUUAAAGAGGACAGGGACCUUUGCCCAGUAGAAUGUUUAAAGAGUUACAAAAUUAGAACUGGUGACUAUCGUUCAGGUGAAAAACCUACUAGUAACAAACUGUUUUUAUCCUAUAUUUCUCCUCAUAAUCCCGUAUCGUCAUCAACUUUAGCCAGAUGGAUAAAAUCUUUGCUGCAAUUAGCGGGCAUAGAUACGUCCAUUUUUUCAGCGCACUCGUUAAGAGGGGCGGCUACUACGGAAGCAUUAAAUCGGAAGGGUGUAUCAGUAUUAGAUAUUUUGGGUAUGGCAGACUAUCUCGUCUCGUAUCUCUCAUAUAAUUAA